AUGUUAACGAUUUACUUCUUGUGUCUUCAGCCCAAGGGUGGUUUAGACUUUGCUGCAGAGCUUGCGGCCAAAAUUGGUGUUGCGCCCCCCAAGCGACAAGAUAGUGAAGAUGAAGAUGAUGAGGAAAAACCGGCUGAUGGUGAAUGGAGUGAUGAAGAACAUCAAAUACCACAGACUGCUGUAGACCAGGAAAAAGAGCGCAGUGAAUCAAAAAGGAGCCGUGGUGACAGCAAAACAAAAGAGAAAAAAUCUCAUCAUCAUCAUCAUCACCAUCACAAGAAAGAUAGGUCUGAAUCACAUGGAGAAUACAAGCACAGGAAAAGGCGUGAAAGUAAGACAAGUCACAGUAGUGUGGACACACGGCAGUCUGUUCCUGCUGAAGAUGGUGAGAAUUGUCCAUAAUAAUAAUGAUAAUGAUAAUGAUAAUAGAAACAAUAAGUCCUUUAUAUACCCUUGGCAGUAUUUGUAGCACUAAUGCUAGAGGGGCCGAGCAAAUACCUGAAACAAAUAAUUUAAAUCGAACUUAAUAGGGUUAAGAAUCCCAACUGGCCAAAGACUAUUCAGCUGGCUAUGUAUGAGCAUGGUCUAGGAUUUGAACUCUGAAGUACUAUGUACAAAUUCAGUAAAUGACUAUGGUCAGGGCAAAAGUUGAAAGAAUGCAGGGCCUCUUAAUGGCCAAGCUCUAACUGCUCAGUCAUGCUGCCUCCUUCUUCUCAGACCGGUACAUGUAUACAGAUAAUUAGGGCAAGGAGACCAAGGAAAUUGAAGAUUACUUCAACCUAGGCUUAAAACUUUUAACCUGAAUGUACAGUCGACUCCCGAUAAUUUGAACCUUCAAGGGAAAGAGAAAAUAGUUGGAGUUACCGGGAGUUCGAGUUAUCAAGGGUAAAAGUAUACAGAAAGUGAUCUGAAGGGAAAUGUAAAUUACUUUGAGUUAGCUGGAGGUUCGAGUUACAGAGGGUUCAAGUUACCGGGAUUCGACUGUAUUAUAUGACUACAAUAGUACACACACUCUGAUUGGCUGUUUUCUUAUAAUGACUGGGCAUUACUAACUUGAUGUCCAAGGCAUAUACAAUCUGUGUUAAACCUUGAUAGAGGAUAUCCUUAUGGGCAUCCAUGUUAUUGUCAAUUGACAGCUGUCAAAAAGGGCAUCUGUUGACCAGUUGUUGGUUUUAAUUGAUCACAGGCUCAGGUCCAUAAUGAAAAAGCCAUAUAGUAAAUAACUUAUUAACCUCAUCCAUUGGUCAUUACAGAAAAAAUCUCAGACUGAGGCCUUGCUGUAUUGACUGAGCAAUAGCGAUAUUCUGCAAAGGUGGAAUAUGGAAAAUGUAUUAUUACUGUCUGGUUACAUAAUGGCUCUUCAAAAAAUAUAUUCACAAACUUAUUUGAAAAAUGCUGUAGAGAUGAGCUUUGCUUGAUAAGCUUGUUCUGUAGCAUUUUUUCUUUUUGUGUGUGAAGAAAAUUGUUCUUUUGUUUGAGCCACCUAGAUUAGGAAAUAACUUUAUCAUUACUCUAGCAUUCUCUCUCUCUAAGCACCCCCUCCUCCCCUCCCCUCCACCACCACACCCACCAAAACAUCUUGUGGUUGUGGAAAGAUGGUGGCCAUUUGAGCCAUACGAGGUGUCAUGAUUGCAUCCUAAGGAGAGCCUCUGCACCUCUAUUUUAGAUCUGUUUGGUCAGUCAAGCCCUCAAGAAGAUGGACUGUUUGGAAGUGAGGGCACUCCAUUCAGACAGAAGGGAGGUCUUUUCAGUGGAGGAGGGAAUCUGUUUGAUGAUGUAGAAGGGGAAAAG